AAGGUCUCUCUGGAAAGUCAAGUUUAGGUACAUAUAAUUUUCUUUUAUAUUUUUGAGGCCCCAACACCCUUAUGUUUAUUCAAUAUGCUUCCUUGGGUGGGUAAUUUAUAUACAUUUUCUGGAACCACGCUAUCUAUCUUCCAAACUUAGAUCUUGAGAGAAUAGGGAGGACUGAUAUACAUACUAGGGAGCUUAAGCACGCGCGUUUUUGAGACGCGGACGGCAACCGGAAGAAAAGAUUUCGCAUGCUUGGACCGUAUUGUCCCCCAGAUUUUUAUACUACUCAUCUCUAACGAAGAAAAGAUACUUAGCAAUGUGAAUAUGAUUGUGUGAGGACAAGUUUAAAGUGAAAAAAGCUCACUUCCGGUUACCGUCCGCGUCUCAAAAACGUGCGUGCUUAAGUUCCCUACUAAUUUGAGAAGGGGAAGCUGGCUGGUUUGAGCCUAAUAGAAGGUUCUUAUCAGUUGUUCAUUUCGCACUAAUACUUGCUGUCACUCACGAUUACUUGGCCAAAAGGCCAAAAUUGUUCCUUUCGGCUUAGUGGAAGGGAUACGUCAUGCCCUUUGGUGUGAAGACAUCCAGCGUUGUUUUCUCAAGUAAAUAGAGUGGUCAAAGAGGAGUUUCAAUAGAAUUUUAUAUUAUUUUUUUUCAAAUUUAGAGAAGUACAGGUAAUGUAGAUAUCCCAAUCCAGUUGUUGCUAAGAUUGAUGGACAAUAAUUAUUUCUGAAGUUAAAGAAACAGAAAGUGGAAGGAAGUGAAAGGAAAUAAAAGACAAGGAAGUAAGUUAAAGACAAGGAAGUGAAAGGAGGUGAAAAACAAGGAAGGAGUUGACACGAAGUGACAGAAAGAGACCUAUAUGCUUUGUCUAAAAAAUAGCAUAAUUUCAUGAAACUUCGCAUAUUUACCAAUUUCGACAUGAUAACAUAAAUUAAUCUGUGGAGAUGGUUUUUUGUUUGAAGAAAAGUCGGAAAAGCGUGACAUCGUCAAAAAGGUCCAUAAUUUGGUGAUUAAAGAGAUGUCAGGAUAAAUCCUCCCUGAAGCCAUCGUGUUCAGUGGGAUCUGAGAAACGAGGUAAAAUUGCCAUGGAUAAUUGAAAGUCAAGUCUGAUUGUUCUACCUCCCAAUUCAAAUACGUUAUCCGAUUGGAGGAGAAUGUGUCACAUGUCAUGGACGAAACUCACUAUUCUAACUUCGUAGGGAAACAACAACUUGAACUUUCGACUCGCACGUGAUCAGGUCGCAGCAAAUUUGUGUGCCAGCCGGCGCCAAGCAAAUAAUAUUUUCGCAGUUUUCUCUAUUUUUGAGUUGGGAGGUAUAACAAAACACUAAAUGGCGGACCCCACGGGAAACGGUGAGUUUUGUUUUCCGUCGACCCUCAGUGCUCCCUUUUGCUUUGCCUCGGGGAACAUUGAGGGUCUCGGGGAAACAAAACUCACUGUCUCCUUUGAGGCAAGUCAUUAAGUGCUAAAUGUCGUCCUCGCCAGGGCCGAGAACAAAUUUAAUUCACUCAACGCUUACUUUGCUCUGUUUGAACCAAUGCCAGAAAUCAGACAUAGCGGGCAAAGGACGAGGAAUUUUGUUUUAAGUCUUAAAAGAAAAUUUAACUGCCAUGACGUAGUUUUAUCCCAGUUUCCCACGACAUUGCAGUGCAAUUAGUUUUCCAAUUUAUCAUAUCUCCAGUGGAAAUGUCAACCCCGGCGUAAUUCAUGUUAGAAACAUUUUUUUUGUAUUUUAAAAGGUUUUCGAUUGUUCGUUACGCUUAUCUUUCAUGGAUAUUCCUUUUCGUUUUGAUGACAGAGAUAACCAGCGAACGAGAAUUAUUUUAUGCAACAUUAACGGUUGUUCAAAUAUAAGCCAAUUAACGUUCACCUCCGAUGAUUGCUGUUGAAACUGGCUGAAACUGUCUGAUUUGAGAAGCAUGGUGGCAAUGGAUAAUUUGUUUGAUAUUUUCGGCUGGAUACUUUCAAUCGUAACAGCAACAGGAAAUGGCUUUGUAAUCUUUCUUGUCGCCAAAAAUCGCCGUCUUCAUUCCCCGGCCAACUGGUUCGUUCUUUCCUUGGCCGUGGCUGACUUUAGUGUCGGAAUCGCCGUUUUUCCAUCGAGUCAUUUUUGUCAUAAUUCAACAGCGUGCAACGACAUAGUGUACAUGGCAUUCUUCUGGUUCUUCCUCCACUCUUCAGUCACAAAUCUUUGCUCCUUGACUUGGGAUCGUUACAUCGCCAUCGUUCAUCCUUUCAAAUACAUUAACUCAAUGACAAAAAGACGCCCUAGAAUGGUUAUCUUGAUAGCAUGGUUGAUUCCCUUUGCAAUCUCUUUGUUGCUUUUGGUGGGAAUGUACGCCACCACCUCCAAAACUGCUCUGAAAGUUUUGCGAUUAACCGGCGUGUCUGCUUUUGACAUAGUAUCUUGUGUGUUGCUCUUCUAUGCUGUUGUUCGUAUCCUAGUUGUUGCACGUGCACAUUCUCACCAAGAAACUGCAAUAGAACUACAAGUUCAGCGGUCUAGCCACUCACGCAGCGAAUCUACCGUGAAAGAACCUGCAACUUCACGCAGACGUAAAAAGCACAACACAGCUCCCUUCGUAACUGCUCUAGUCUUGUUCUUCCUGGGAUGUUACGUGGUGGUAAAUUACCUAGUUUUAUGCGCAGCUUUUUCUGGGCAUCAAGUGUCCGAUAAAACUAGCCAGAUCGUAACGUCUCUCUUGGUUGUGAAUUCUGCAGUGAAUCCUUUGGUUUACGCUUUGUUCAAGAGGGACGUGAAGAUGGCGAUGAUAAGCGGAAUCAUUUGCAGGGAAACCUCGAAGUGAAGCGAAGCAACCAGCAGAGACUAACCGCAUGCUUGAGCAGGAUUUGAAGAACUCUGAAAGCGCCUUUCUAUUGUUUCGGCCAGGGUAGAAUUUGACGGACAGAGCUAAGCUGUUUGCGCGAGAAAAGAUAGGUACUUUAGAUUUCACCCUCUGAAGACUUGAGCAGGUAUUUCAGGUUUUCAUGAUAAGACUUCAUCUGCAACAUGGGUGAAACAAAUGGAAUAGUUUUUGUAGCAGUAAACCGAAACGAAGAAUUUCUGAGCAAACUAUUUCGUCAAAUGUUCUGUGAUCUCAAUUCAGUUUUUUAUGGUAAUUAAUCUUUAUUUCUACAUUUUUUUUGUCACCUAAUUCCAUUAAGGGAAACCACUUAUUUUAGAUCUGACAGGCUCGUAUCUUUUAUCAGUAAAUGAAAUCAGUGAAAUACCAUAUUAGGGCACCCUAAAAUGAAAUUUGAAUAUAACAUUCUACCUUGUACAGUGCAGCUGCAUACCAUACUGCGUGAUCAGUUUAUCAACGCGUGAUCAGUUUUUCAAUGGAGAGCUAUAAUUUCCACUAGUUUGCUAUUUGUUAAUGAAGAGUGCUUUAUCUGACAUUUUUAAAAGCUUUCUACUUCAAAAGAAGCGAAACAAACUAGACUGACACUGCUAGACUGAUAUCAUUAUCAAUCAGUCCAUUAAGCCUGUGGUGAAGCCGGAUCUGUCACGGAAACCUCGAUAUAGUCCAUAAGGGCGAUGCAGACUGCCUGGCACGCAGGCUAACCUCUCGUAAAAAAGUGUUUUUUUUUUUAAGCAAAAAGAAAAUCUCAAUUUUAUCCAUCCAAUAUUGUUGCAUUCGAUUUACUUUGCACCUCUAUCAUUAAUUUUACUGUACAUUUUAGACCGUUCGCGGAAACUGAAGAAUAAGACUAUCAUUCCUUUCAAAUCACCUUAGAACUGGUAGAUAUCUUGAUGGGUUUUGUUGUGGUGUGGGUGGAAAUAACAUUUUACGCCUGGUUCGCUCCUGCGGUUAAAGGCGCUACUUACUUUGAAGAUUAGCCCACCAGGGAUCAAACGUUGUCAGAUUUAUUUGAACUAGAGACACGGCUCGUUGCGUCCGUGGUUACAUCGUAGUCAACUGAAAUUGAAAUAAUUACAAGAUAAAUUAUUAUUUACAACAUUCUAAAUCGAAGCGACAAACGAUUUCGAAACUUCCAAUUUGUGUUCCUGGGUGUCGGAUCCCUUUGAUCGCUAUCUUGAUGUUUUGCUCGCGACUGUUGAUUGACUUGACUUCGAAUGUCCGUUACAUGAUAAGAUUUUCCUUUUAAAACAUAAGUCACAUGACUUGUUUUUC